AUGGCCGAUCCCAACCUAGUUUACGACUUCUGGAACCAACAGCAGUACUCUAAUUCCACUGAAAUGGUGAUGAUGUCUGAUAUCAAUGUUGCUUCUCAUCUGAAUCAGCAGCAGCAACCCAUUCCUAUCCCAAAACCCAAUAAGCCAAAGGUACAACCUUCAAGAAUGUUCUCCUGCCUUUACUGUUCUCGCAAGUUUUGCACUUCUCAAGCUUUGGGUGGUCACCAAAAUGCUCACAAGCGUGAAAGAGCCGCUUCUCGUCGUACUAUGUUCCCGGUCACCGGCACCGACUCCGACAACCGUAAUAUGGUACACUUCCAUUUUCUUCAAAAUAACAACAACGACAAGCAGCUGGAGCCUAGUUUGAAUAAUUAUCCUCUGAUGACCGGCCAGAUGCUGCCUGAACAAAACAUCAUCGACAUUAAUGGUAACAUUAAUCAUACUACUACUACUACUUAUAGUAACCCCUAUGCUAAUUACUGUAGCGGUCAGCUCCAAACACCAGCUUCAAACAAUAUCAACGUCUUUAACCCUUUCUCCUCCUCUGACGUUUUUCAUCCUCCUCCGGUACCGACUCUUGGACUCGGCGGCCGUCAUGUCUAUUUUACUAGCGGUGAUGCUACUCUCUCGACUGCACAGGAUUUGUCUUCUAUGGAUAAUCACCAGCUCAAUCUUGACCUUACCCUUCGUUUGUAA